AUGACCGAAGCUGGGCCCAGGCAUUCUAGACCCCAGAAAAUCCCCAUUGACCCCAUCAUCCCACAUCGCCGUCAAUUGACCAGUUACGGCCCCGAAGCCUGCAGCCCGCAACCCGAGGCCACAGGCUCGCUGCUCGCACAACCAAAGCACCCAUCACACACAGACCAGAACGAAGGGAGGAGAGACAUUACAUCGCACACAUGGAGGGGUUGCGUCGACGAUCCAAGCGCGAUGCUGAUCCCUUCUGUCGGUUUUCCUCAUCUGUGGUCUCUGUCGCCCAUCACCCCGCGCCCGGCGCCCGUAUCUGCGCACGAGGCAUCCGAGAUCGAAUUAUCGCUCCCGGCGGCUAGUGUACUCCCCCUUCCUCAUCCGAACUGCUUCAAACCGACGUCCCCUCCAACGCCGAGCUCAAGUUUCCAAUUCUUGUCAUUCUUGUUCACCAAGUGCAACAUUGAAUGGUCUGACACGGUCACAAUCUUCUCGGUGGAGUCGCCAAGCGCUUGGCUUCUCGCGACCGCGCAAGAUGGUGUGGACCGGGCCAAGUGA